AUGUCAGUCGCUAAAAGUUGGAUAGUACUAGGUAACCCGACACAUAGUUUAUGCUGCAGGUGCAUAGUCGUAACCACCGUCGUCGUCGUCAUCAUCACCCUCCAUAAAUGCAACUGGAAGAAAGCUUACGGAACCUGCAUGCCCAUUGAAAACAGUUUCUUCAAUGCAAGUUGCAGGAGCAUGAUCAUUGUCGUGGACAUAUUUGUUGCACCAGAGGGCAAUGGCCUUGGCAACGAGUGGCAUUUUUCUGAGGUAGUACGUAGAGGAAGAAGGAGAGAAGAAAUGGGAAGGUAUAAGAGAGUAGUGGUUGUGAGUUUGAGUAUAGAAGAGAGUCGACGGUGUUUAUAUAGGGUAAGGGUAGGUGUGGAGCUCGUUUUGGCACAAGCAAGCCACGAGGGGAGUGUGUGCAUUUAUGCUUGGGGUGUGAGCAUGACUCGGUCCCAGGAUGUGUGGUGCUAUAUGGAGCAGCCACGUAGGAAAUCCUAUUGA